AACUAUCUGGCUGACUCAACCGCUUAAAAGUAUAAAGUUAGUGGUAGUGCUUCAUCCUUUAGCUUUUCAAGCUUAUAUGCAUAUUUAUAUUUAGAUGCCUUUAAGUUCAGCCAGGGGCGGUUAAGUCAACACAGGGUUCUGAGCUGAUGCAGAGGUAAUAGUGCAUUUAGCUUUAGCAAUGAAAACUUGAAUUUCCUUGCUUUUGUCAAUCUGGAUCACAGCUUUAAGUUAUAACUAUUUAAUUACAUUAUGUUUACACUGCUUUAAAAUUUCAAACAAGCAGUAACUGUAACAAAGUUAUAAUUUACCUAGUUACAUUUUCUUAUUAAUUACUUUUAAAAAUUGCUAUAAUCCAGACUGCUUAGGGUGUGUCAGCCCUGUAGACAUGUGGUUGCAAAUUAUGUUAAUGUAACCAUACCAGCUUUGAAACGGGUAGCUCCUGUAUUACAGAAGCAAACUACAACAGGGCUUCACCAGGACCCACAGAAGUACUGAAUGGUGGUGUCCCUUGUCAUUCCAUCCAUGCUUUUCUUUAUCCCAAAGUUAGCUAGUAUAAAGUAGCACACAUGAAGUGUCAUGUAAGCGAACCCUUUAAUCAGCUAGGGUAUAGCAGCCUGAAAUGCCUGAAUUUGUGAGAAUGCUGGUACACAUUUUCAUAAUAAAAAUAUCACAUCCAGAGCCACAGGAUUUUCAUCACCAUGCUGUAAAUACAGUCAAAAGCAUUUGUGUUUUAUUUAAAGAAGCAAACUAUAAAUGCAGGGUAGGUGGCUAUAUAAUAAUAGGCACUUAGAAAAAAAGUAGUAACUUUCCAAGUUUCAAACAUACAAAAGAAAUUUUUGAAACCUGUUUUAAAAACAAAACAAACAGACAAAAUUAGCUGAUCUUCAGGUUGGAUUUUGAAAGCAGUUUGAAAGCUAUGUAAGUUCACCAAGUGACUUGGAAAAUCAGAGCCUUAGAAUUUUAUGCAUGCAGGCAGCAGACCACAGCCUGAGUACCAAGCAAUUUGCACCUCUGUUUUAGGCUUCAAGCCCUUGCCCUUCUAUGUUAGGCCCUGGCAGACAGCUUGGCUGUUUGAGCAGAAUUACCUAGUGUUCCCACUUUUCCUACCACAAUCCUACCAUACCUACUCCCCAGGCACUGGUAUCCAAUGGCAGGGCAAAGUUCAGUGCAGCCUCCCCCUGACAGGGUAAUAAACCCUGCUGUCCAAGCACCAGUGCCAACUUUACAGGGAUAGAGGUAGGAUUGGCUGGAGAAAAGGUAUUUCUAAGAGACUAACUGCAAAUACCUAAUUCUCUAUAAGGACUCUUACUACAGGAAAAUCCUAGUUGAAAGUUACAGUUCUUCUUUCUGAAGAAUAAAAAUGAUAAGUCUAGUGUUCUGAUCUACUGGUUAGGGUCAGACCAUAAAUGUUAUCUUUUCCAACUACCUUUUUGAAUGUUACAUUUUUCUACUACUCUGAGAGGAAUAAAUUCCAAGAAGCAAUUUAUAAGAAAAUAAUAUCAAUUCUCUAACUCAAAAUUUCUUGCUUUUGUGUGUUUUUGGGGUUUUUUUACUUAAAAAGAAAAUUAAUGUAUGGUCAACCAGACACAAAAGCCCUACAUAUGAGAACUGAGCAGUUUAAGCUAUAUACAGGAAAAGCCUGGUCUCUAUUGCAGCUUUAUUAUUAAAAAAAACUACGGAGGAGUUCCUGAUAUGCUACCAGUGAAACAAAGCUCAUAUAAAUAAACUUACUGCUUUCAAUUCCUUUUGUUUGCAGUAUUGGAAAUUAUUCUCUUCCCACUGACGAGCAACACUUUGAAUGAAGAUAAAGCACUUGCCUAUUCGGGCUUGAGUGUCAUUUCCCCCCUGCCCUUGUGUGAGCAAUGUGGUGGGUAGCACAGCGAGGGUAGGCUUGCUGCAUUUGUCAGUUUGUUAUUGGGAAACGUUAACCUUUGCCUUGCGUAAAAGUUGGACUGGGCCUUGGAAGGCACUUCCUUGAUUAGCUGCAUAGUGGGUGGUGGCCCCUCUGACGGACACUCUACUACGGGUUAUCUGCUAUAUUUAGACACCUGCAUCAGCAUCUAAGGCCUUGUUGUUUAGGUCACUGAAUAUAGAGGAAGGUAUCUAGUGUUAAAUCCUCGCAUUACUAUGCUCUGUGUGCUAUCUGUCCCGUUCCAGCAUUUCCUGUGACUUGCUCAGUUCAUCUUCCUCUUCUCCAUCAAAGUCUUUAUUCCAGCUGGGAGUUUGAUCUUGAAGAGGGAAGAACACACGUCUUCAUACAGAUGCACCGGGCGUUCUAUAAUUCUUUAUCAUCUCUUCUCAUGAAAUCCCACUGCCUCCUUGUUCUGACUCUAAGGAAUCUAUGCAGGUGUACAAACAGCACUGCAAAAUAGCAGAAGAAUACCAUGAAGUCAAGAAAGAAAUUGCUCUGCUGGAAGAAAGAAAAAAGGAGCUGAUUGCCAGGCUGGAACAAGUGGAAAAAGAAAGCAUGGAUGCUGCUCAGCUGGCUAAGGAGUAUGCAGAACUGACAGAGGAGAACCGAACACUGAAGCUGGCCCAGACGCAGUGUAUAGAGCAACUGGAAAAGCUCAGAAUACAGUACCAAAAAAGACAGGGAUCCUCAUAACUCUCAACUAGCUUAUGUGAGGAAGUUAAUACAGGAUUGGGCCUGUGCUGGAAAGAGAUUUUAAAAUAAAGGUCUGUUUAAUAUGUUAUAAUACUUUACUACAGAUUCAGAGUAUGUAGAAGUCUAUAUUUGAUUUAAUGCUUGCCAGCCAGUAGCUUAAUAUAAUGGAUAUUUCAUCCAUUAUAUAAUGGAUAUUUUAUUUCAAGUAACAUAAUUGAAGUUAAUCUAUCCCCAUUAUAUGUUGUAGUAGAUCAGGUUUCUUUUCUAAACAUAUUUCUUCCAAUUUAAGAAGAUACGGACACACUAGAAAAUGAUAUAAAUAGUCUCUGUGUUGGGAAUUUGGACCAUACUAAGGCAUACAGCAGGGACAAUGUUAAUAUAUGGAAUACAUGUAUGUUAAUUUUAGUUUGGUGAAGAUUUUUUAAAUUAUUUUCCUCAUGCCUGAAGUGUUUGGAAGUUAUCUUAAAACGGAUCUCCUCACAGAUAAAAACUAUACUUUAUUAUCCCAUGUCAACUUUACAUUGAUGUAUCAAAUCUGGGAAAUAGCACAUUAGAAAUUGCAGUAACAUAAUUAUUUUUUGUCAAAUGAGCAUACUGCCAGUAAUAAUUCGCAAGUUAUAAAAUUAAAAGGAAACAGAUGAGAUCAAACUUUCCUUCCUCAAGAGUAAAGAUAGCUUGAGAGUCCUCUUAUUGUACUUUUUGGCAUGCAAGAAAUGAAAAAUUAAUAUAUGAAUACUACCAUCAUAGUUUAAACUGGGAAUAUGUCAGUAAAAGUACUGUGAGGAUAUUUUGUUCUUAUUUUCCAGUCUGUUUUGAAACAUAUGUGGCUGUAAGUUGGGGUGGGAGUUCCGUGAUACAUAGGUAACCUGGAAGUAAAAUGUUAGUUUUACUUGCUCUAUUUAUCCCUGUAUUUUCCUAGAUCAACUGAAAAUUCUUUGUUAUACUUCCAUUUCUAUUCAUACAGUAUUUUUUUCAUUAAAAGCGGAUAUAGAAAAGCCAUUUUAUGUUCUGAAUGUUCUUAAAUCACCCUGUAUUUUUAGCUCAGCUUGACAGAUGCAGCUUGUUACAUCUUCAUGAGGCUGGAAUUCAACUUGAUGUGUCAUUAGUACUAAAAUGUGUCUUAGUAAUUGAAAACUAUGAACUUAAGACUUCCGCCAGAACUUCA